AGUUAUCAUCAUGCUAGGAAUGAUCUGAUCUAGGAAUCAGAUCUUGUUUACAAUUAUACAAAGGAUCAUGAAGGAAACGGGAGGGCAGCACUACCUUUCCCACAUUCUGAUUUUUUAUUUGAGAAAAAAAGGAAAAUCCUCUCCAAAUGGUCUUGUUAAGAGACUUUACAUUUAAGGAGGGUGAAAACAAAAAUAUAAAUUAAAUCUUUAGAAAUAUUUAAUUUAAUGUGGGGCCUUUACUGCAGAUGGCUCUAUAAUAUACCCGCAAUUUUUUUGUGUGGAGGGAGGGGGUGAAUCUAGCAUUAAAUAGACUGGGGUCUGUUUGAAACUAAAAAUAUCUCUUUGGGUUAUCUAUCUGGAUCAGUUGGCUGAAGUUAAUUUCUUCCCUACCAUGAUCCAGUUAAGCAUGGCCCUGAGAACUUGCAAACAUACCAGUUUCUAAGUCAAUCUGAACAUGCAUAUACAUGUGUGCACACACACAUAAUUGUAUCAUUAUUGUUUGUUGCAGUCACCCAGAUGUUUAGACUGGGUUUGACAUUUUUGUCUGCCUAUCGGGUCCUUCCCAAGGACCUGGGAUAGGCAGAUGUGGAUGUUCAAUGGUGUUACAGGUAUAGUCACAGGAUGCUUUCUGCAAUUGACUGAUGGUGAAUGUCAAUAUUGAUGGUGUUCAAAUGGUGUGCCAGUUGUUUUGGGAUUGCUCCCAAGUCGCCUAUUACUAUUGACACUACCUUUGUUUCUUUCCCCACAAUCUUUCUAUUUCUAUUUGCAGACCUUUCCCCUGAUGCUAUUCUCAAUGGCCCCAUUUAUAAAGAACAAUGGUUUAAUGACUAUUGACCGCCUUCUUUGAAAUUGGCCGACUGGGUUUGUGUGUGUGUAUUGGGGAGGGGGGGUGUUAGAGAAAACCCAGAAGAGCGCCCUGAGAACAGGUAACCUCAAGUUCCCAACGCCGAUGAGAAAGAACCCAAAGGGAGGGGGAGCGGAGCUGGAGCGGGAAAGUGCUGAGUCACUGCAUGACGCGACGUCUAUCCCUGUCACCUCUUCCUUUCCCUCGGCGCGCGCGGACCAGAAACCGACCGCGCGCGAGAGAGCGCCUAUGUUCUCCGCCCUGCUCCUCGGUCACGUGUGAUGCGAUUCCUCCCGGGACGGCCAGAACCAUACCGGAGGCGGCUGCCGGCGCCCUCAGACUUCUCGGGUUUCCCUUAAAAGUACCCGAGCCCGCGAAGCCAGGGCGGAGGGGGUCGCCGUCAUCCUUCGUUUGGCGCCGGCCGCUGGCAAGCGGAGGCUCGGGAGGGCGGCGGGAGCGCCCUUUUUUCCUCCCUUUGCCCAGCCACCUCCCCCCUACGUCUGCCGCGAGUGGAUUCUCCUUGCGUGUUUCCCGCCGACUGAAGUAGUUUUUUUUUUUGUCGGCGGCUCUCUGGCCCGCGCAGGUUUUCGGAGUUGUCACGGCAGCGGCAGCAGCAGCAGCAGCAGCUUGGUUCUUCCGCGCUCCUCCGCUUGCGCUCUCCUCGCGCUCCCGGCGCCUCUUCCCCGGGAGAGCCAUGGGGCUUCUGUCGCAGGGCUCGCCGCUCAGCUGGGAGAAAACGCAGCGGCACGCGGAGCACGUGCGCAAACACGGCAUCCAGCAGUUCCUGCACAUCUACCGAGCCGUCGGGGAGAGGCACAAGGACGUGCUCAAGUGGGGCGACGAGGUGGAAUAUAUGUUAGUAGCUUUUGACCAUAAAAAUAAGAGAGCACGGUUGUCUUUAACUGGAGAAGGAGUACUUCAUACUUUGCAAGAAAAAGGUGAAAGAACAAAUCCAAACCAUCCAACAUUAUGGAGACCAGAAUACGGAAGUUACAUGAUCGAAGGGACUCCUGGGCAGCCCUAUGGAGGAACAAUGUCUGAAUUUAACACUGUACAGGACAACAUGAGAAAGCGGCGCCAGGAAGCUGCUUCAGUACUAAAAAAAGAUGUAGCUAUUUGCACUGUCACAUCAUUUCCAAGAUUAGGUUGUCCAGGAUUUACGAUACCAGCAUAUCAUCCAACACCUAUUGAGACGGGAGCCUCAAAGUCUCUUUUCUUCCCAGAUGAGGCUAUAAACAAUCAUCCCAGGUUUAGUACUUUAACGAGAAAUAUUCGACGUAGAAGAGGCGAAAAAGUAGUUAUAAAUGUACCAAUAUUUAAGGACAAGAAUACUCCAUCACCGUUUAUAGAAACAUUUCCUAGUGAUGAUGGUGAAGCAGCAAGAGCAGCUAAGCCCGAUCAUGUAUAUAUGGAUGCCAUGGGAUUUGGCAUGGGCAAUUGUUGCCUUCAGGUAACAUUCCAAGCCUGCAGCAUUUUUGAAGCAAGAUAUCUUUAUGAUCAGCUAGCCACCAUCUGCCCCAUUGUGAUGGCUUUAAGUGCUGCAGCUCCUUUUUACAGAGGCUAUGUGACAGAUAUUGAUUGCCGUUGGGGAAUUAUAUCUGCAUCAGUAGAUGACAGAACAAGAGAGGAGAGGGGUCUAGAGCCAUUGAAGAACAACCGUUUCAGAAUCAAUAAAUCCAGAUACGAUUCCAUAGACAGUUAUCUCUCAGAAUGCGGUGAAAAGUACAAUGACAUUGAUUUGACAAUAGAUAAAGAAAUCUAUGAGCAUCUAGUAAAAGAGGGCAUUGAUCAUCUUUUGGCACAACACAUUGCUCACUUAUUUAUUCGUGACCCUUUGACACUGUUUGAAGAAAAAAUACAUCUGGAUGAUGCAAAUGAAUCUGACCAUUUUGAGAAUAUUCAGUCAACAAAUUGGCAGACUAUGAGAUUUAAGCCUCCUCCUCCAAAUUCAGAUAUUGGAUGGAGAGUUGAGUUCAGACCAAUGGAGGUCCAAUUAACAGACUUUGAAAACUCAGCAUACGUUGUGUUUGUUGUACUAUUAACUCGAGUCAUUCUCUCAUAUAAAUUAGAUUUUCUCAUUCCUUUGUCCAAGGUGGAUGAAAACAUGAAAGUAGCUCAGAAACGAGAUGCUGUCCGGCAGGGCAUGUUUUAUUUUAGAAAAGACAUUUCUAAAGGUGGCAAUGCAAUAGUGGAUGGGUGUGGUGCAACUCAAAAUGGUACAGAAACAGAUGUAGAAGAAUAUACAUUAAUGAGCAUAGAUACAAUCAUUAAUGGAAAGGAAGGAGUAUUUCCAGGAUUAAUUCCAAUUUUGAACUCUUACCUUGAAAACAUGGAAGUGGACGUGGAUACAAGAUGCAGCAUUCUAAACUAUCUGAAACUAAUAAAAAAGAGAGCAUCAGGCGAAUUAAUGACAGCUGCUAGAUGGAUGCGAGAAUUUGUUGCAAACCACCCAGAAUACAAGCAUGAUAGUGUGAUCUCGGAAGAGAUGAAUUACAGCCUAAUGUGGAAAUGCAACGAAAUUGCACAAGAGCAAGUUGAAUGUCCUGAGCUGCUUGGAGUGGGCUUAAAUAAACUAAAAUACAGUGGAAUUAAAGCCACCACUUAAGGAAAAAUUUUAAUUUGAUGUGUAAUUUGUAAAAUAGCUAAAGGAACACUAGUCACACUACUGCAGUUUCAUAAUGUGAAGACCAAAUGGUUUUAUUACACUAUACAAUGGCCAAUCUCAGUUUUCUCUUAAAACUUCCUACAGGAGGUACAUUCUUCUAUUUAAGGUUUAUACUAUAUACAUGUAAAUAUAUAUAUUUUUGAUUUAAUACCGGUGUAUUUUAGUAUCAUACUAAAAGUCAUUGUGAAACCAACUUAUACCUUUUUACAUACUUAAUCUGGAAAAAUGUACUGUUUUAUCAAACAGCUUUGUAAAUGUAACAUAUUGAUUCUUGUAUAUUAUCUGCAUUCCAGAACUGAAUGUUUACUCCUAACUGUUGUCUGGAAUGCAAUGAAUAACCUAUUGUCAUAUUUUUUUUUAAAUCAGAACCUGAUUCACACUUUCCUGUUCUGUGGUACAAAAUGAUGCAGUUUUAAUCUUGCUGAAGUUAGUGCUAGAAAACUUAACUGACAUCUACAAAACUACAUUUGUAGUCAUAGUUCAAUACAUAGGUUUGGAUUUAAGUAGAUCUUGGUCCCAGUCCUAGUAGGAUUAAUAAAAGUACUUCCUCUUAAAUAACUUGAGUGUAAAUUAAUAUGUUAUUGUUGCCGGAAGCUCCUAUCACCUCCAGUCAGUAACAUUUUGCAUUAUGUGUUCUUAAUUUCAGGUUUCAAACUCUAAGAAAAAGGCACAACCAUGUAGACUAGCAAUCUGAGAUGCAAAUUUAUUCUUAAUUGAAGGCCACAUCCUUUUGGAUCAAAGUGUCCUUUAAAAAACAGAUUAUUUUAGCUCCAAUGUGAUUUAAUAUGAUUCUAUUCACAUGAUACAGGAAUUAACUAAGCAUUCAGACCAGACUUCCCUUCCUCUUUUUGAUAUGUGAUGUAGCUGGUUCUAGCAUGUGAAGAGGUCAGGUUAUUCUUAACUUCUUUUAAAACAAACUGCGAAAUCUGAAGUCUCAAUGCAGCAGUUUGGGUUAUAAAAAUAAAAAGCCAAAAUGUGGCAAAAUAAUAACCAGCAGAAGAGUGUUCAUGUGUACAUGCCUUUAACACUUCUUGUGUGAUAUACAUGUACUCCUUUCAAAAAAAAAUUUCCCUGCUGUGUAAUUAUGGCAAAUCAUGAAAAUGCAUGAAUGUUUAUGAAUCAGGAAUCCAAAGUAUAUAGGAACUAGAAAAAUACAGCAUUUCUACUGUUGUACAUUAAAAAAAGAUUUAAUCCAAAGGUUUUUAAUACUACAUGCCUAAAUGACAGAGAAGUGAGUAACUUUGCAGCAGCUUGUGGAAUUGAAAUCCACUGUUAAACUAUGCUGUUAGAGAAAGUAUUUUUGUUUCAUCAUCAUAAACAGCUCAUAAUCUGAUUUCACAUGCUCUGCUUCUUGUAAGAGACAGCAAUAAAAUUCUUCCCCCUCACUUUUUCUCUAUAGUAUGCAUCAUUUUCAUGCAUCCCCAUACUAGAUGUUUUUUUUAUGAGAGUUGCAGUUUAGCAUUUGAAGCCUGGGGCUUAGAUCUGCUUGUGCCCCAAUACAGCCAUUUGUCUACAGCAGGAGCCAAGACCUAUUUCUGUUCCCAGGUUGUUAUUCUAACAAACUUUGUACAUCCAGAGUAAAAUGAAGCUUCUGCCAACAAAAAAACCCAAACAAUUCAAGUCCCAACUUGAGGUACUACUCAACUUUAUUGUCAGGUAAAAGUCACAUAGUAUUUUUUUGUCUGACAUUCCAAAGAAAUGUUUGUUUUAAACCACAUACAAUACAUGGACUGAAUCAAGAAUCUGUGCCCUAUAAAUGGUGAAACAUGAUUUGCUGGAAGUAUUUGUAUAACAUUGCCAGUAUAGAGAUUUUAUUCAUAUGGUACAUAUUUUAAGAUACUCCAAUCAUAUGACUUGAAGGCUGUAAUAAAUUUUCUGGAUUCUGAUAAUUCUGCCAUACUGUUUUAGAUGCAGAUAUUCCUAAUAACUUUUUCAUGAUUAUAAAAACUGGGCUAUUCCACACUAAGAAA